AAUCUGAAUUUAGAAAUAACUUACUCUCUACCAAGAUUCCUACCCAGUUCUUGUAAGAAUUCAUGAAAACUCAUUUUCAAUUUUUCCACCAUUGAGCAGUUCCUUUGUUUACCAAAGUACUGGAAACUCAAACAGAAGCCAAAGUGGUUUGUUUGACUCAAGGUCUCAGUUGUUCUCUCACACAACCUGUUUGAGUUUAUUUGUGUGAGGUUUUUGUUUGUAAAGAGUAAUGCAAUUUGGAGGCACCCAAAAUGGCAAAUCUUGUUCCAGGGGUUCUUCUGAAGCUUUUACAGCAUAUGAACACGGAUGUGAAGGUUGCUGGUGAGCACAGGUCAUCUCUAUUGCAAGUAGUGAGUAUAGUUCCUGCACUAGCAGGAGGUGAGCUCUUCCCUAACCAAGGCUUUUACCUUAAGGUUUCAGAUUCAUCUCAUGCUACAUAUGUAUCAUUGCCUGAUGAACAUGAUGAUCUGAUUCUUAGUGAUAAGAUCCAAUUAGGUCAGUUUAUUCAUGUUGAUCGCUUAGAAUCCGCUUCACCGGUUCCCAUUCUUCAUGGGGUUAGGCCGGUCCCUGGGCGACACCCUUGUGUUGGGAGCCCUGAGGAUAUUGUUGCAACUCAUUCUCUUGGAUUCCUUAAUAAUGGUAGUAAAAAUGGCUCUGGUAUUUCAAAACCUGGAGAGAAAGUUAAGUCACCAUCAAAGCAAGUCAGUGGAGAGAAAGAUAAAUCUGUUGGGAGUAGAUCAAAUGGUGGUGCAAGAGAGGAUCAAUUGGAUAAGAAAAUGGCUUCUUUGACUAGAUCAAAGUCUCAAUCGACUAAACCGACAUUGACUUCAGAUACGAAGAAGGAACCUUUGGGAAAAUUGAAGGUCCUAAGCUCACGGUCGAUUCCGUCUUCCCCCACUAGUUGUUAUUCAUUGCCAACAUCUUUUGAGAAGUUUGCCUCUGGGAUUAAGCAGCAGGCGGAAAUAAAGGCUCUGAGAAAGGGAAGUCCCAAGGUGGGAUCCAUGGAGAAGCCCAGUUCUUUACAUGGGACGAGUCCGACCGGGAAAAAAGUACCGGUUAUCAGAACUUUGGUUCAGGGGAUUGAAUUAGGAGCAAAGGCUUUGAGAAAGAGCUGGGAAGGGAAUCUGGAAGUGAAGGGUAGGGACCAUUCUAAACCGAGGGCUAGCAAGCAUGAUAUCAAGCAAGAAUCUCGGAGCACUUCUGUUCCUAGAAAGAGCACAUCAAGCGAAAAGUUGCUGCCCAAAGAGGAGAAUAAACUACAAACAUCAACCAGGUCACUAAAAGAGGAGAGCAAAUCUCCGGUUUCAACUAAGAAAGUCAUGCCAAAUGGAAUGUUGGAUGAGCAAGAGAUACCAAAUAAACCGAGAACUUACAUUGGGAAGAAAUCUGGAGAUCUAAGUAGUAAUGGUGGCUUGGGGAACUUGGUUAAGGUUCCAAUAAAUAGUAAAAGGUUGACUGAUGGAAGUGUUUCAUGGGGUACACUCCCCUCUUCUCUUUCAAAGCUCGGAAAGGAGGUCAUGAAACAUAGAGAUGCAGCACAAACGGCAGCAAUAGAAGCUGUACAAGAGGCUGCUGCUUCAGAGAGCUUACUUCGAUGUUUAAGCUUAUAUUCUGAUCUUACUACUUCUGCCAAGGAAGAUAAUCCUCAGCCUGCAGUGGAUCAGUUCUUAACUCUGCAUGCGAGGUUGAGUAAUGUUCGGAUGAUUGCUGAUUCUUUAUUGAAAACUAUUCCAGUCGGUUCAUCUCCGGAGUCUGAAGGAAAUCCAUCAGAAGAGGCAGUGAAGGUUGCAUUGGAUAGGCGGAAAUAUGCAGCUUCAUGGGUGCAAGCCGCAUUGGCUACCAAUCUAUCGUCCUUCUCGGUUUUUACCAAAGAACAUAAUUCAAUAACGAGUCAUGCAUCAGCAUCUGUGCAAAGCCAGAAGACUAUCCCUGCCAAUCAAAACAUUUUAAUUCUAGAAAAUUCUGCUAAGAAUGCUUCUGCAAAAGCCCAAGGGAAAACUCGUCCGGUAAUUGUUUCUAAGCUUGUAGCACAGGGUGUUCUUCGAAAAGCAGGGGAUGUUUCAGGCCUCGGACCGAAGGUACCGGUCCAGCCACCACCAGAAUGGACAAGGGGAAAUGGCCUUGAUGAGGCUGUUGACUUGGCUGAAAUGCUGAGAAUGGAGUCCCAGGAUUGGUUCUUAGGAUUUGUCGAGAAAUUCUUGGAUGCCGAUGUCGAUACAUCUGCUUUAUCAGACAAUGAUCAAAUAGCUGGGAUGUUGACACAGCUUAAGAGCGUGAAUGACUGGUUAGACGAAAUCAGCUCAAGCAAAGACGAAGGAGAAGGAGAAGAGACGACACCCCAUGUUUCAUCAGAGACAAUUGAUCGGCUAAGGAAGAAAAUAUACGAGUAUCUUCUUACACAUGUCGAAUCUGCUGCUGCUGCUCUAGGUGGUGGCGGAUCACAACCCUUACCACCUAUUCGAGCAGCUGAAACAAAAUCGAAAAAGUGACAUCAUGGCAAAACAUCGGAGGAGCUUUUACUAAAUUAUCAUGUAUGUAUAUAAAUCCAACAUGGGUUUUGGGUAUGAAUGCACUGCAAAGUGCAGGCUUUUCUUACAGUUGUAUUUGUUGCCUUAAAUUAUACAAAUGAAAACAGUUUGUCCAA